CGGCAUCGGACGCUCAACUCCUGACGAUGGACAAACGAUUGAUUUCUAAGCAACCAUGACCGUGCUUGACGGUUUACCCCAACCCUAGAGCUGAUGAUUGCCGAGCAUAUAAAUAUUCUGAGAUCGCUUUUGUUCGAGUAGCCACACAUUUCGUGUUCACGCAAUAGAUCUUUAAUCAUGCCUGAAGCAAUUUCUCACCACAAUGUCGUCGAGAAAGUCGUCGGAGAAUCUCGUCACGUCAACCGUGCCGCUCCUGGUGCUCCUUACUUCACCCCUCUUCAGUCUCCUCCCGCAGGCGCAGCAUUUGUUCGUGAGGAUGGCAAGGCAGUGCCCAAGUUGUUCCAGCCCUUGAAGCUGCGCGGUUUGACUCUUCCCAACCGCAUUUUCCUGUCUCCUCUAUGCCAGUACUCCGCUGAAGAUGGACACAUGACCGACUACCACUUAGCCCACAUUGGUGGAAUCGUCAAGCGUGGACCAGGAAUGGCUAUUAUUGAGGCAACUGCCGUCACACCUGAAGGCAGAAUCACCCCGGAAGAUGUCGGUCUCUGGAAGGACAGCCAGAUUGCACCUAUGAAGCGUGUUGUUGAUUUCGCUCACAGCCAGAACCAACUCAUCACGAUCCAACUCGCGCAUGCAGGCCGCAAGGCAAGCUGUGUUGCACCUUGGUUGAGUGCAGCUGCUGUCGCACCAAAGGAGCAGAACGGAUGGCCGGACAAUGUUCUUGCGCCUUCUGCCAUUCCUUGGAACGAGCACCAUGCAAAUCCUCGUGCCAUGACCCUUGAGGACAUCGAAAGUUUCAAGAAGUCUUAUGCCGAUGCAGUUCGCCGUGCUCUGACUGUUGGUUUCGAUGCUAUUGAGAUUCACGCCGCUCAUGGUUAUCUGCUCUGCUCGUUCCUUUCGCCAACUUCUAACCAUCGUACCGACAAGUAUGGCGGAAGCUUCGAGAACAGAACCAGACUUCUGCUCGAGACUGUUGACCUCGUUAGGGAGAUUAUCCCAGAGACCAUGCCGCUGUUCGUCAGAGUUAGCGGAACCGAGUGGCUUGAAGAGGUCGAGGAGAUUAAGGAGAGCUGGACUUCAGAGCAGACUGUCAAGCUUGGAGAGAUCCUGGCCGAGCGUGGUGUUGACUUGAUGGACAUCAGCUCUGGUGGCAACCACCCCAAGCAGCACCCUCACGCCGCUCCUGGAUACCAAGCGCCCCUCAGUAAGGACGUGAAGGAGGCUGUUGGCGACAAGAUGGCUGUCAGUGCCGUGGGUAGCAUUCACACUGGAAAGCUGGCAAAUGAGCUGCUCGAGGAAGGUCUCGAUGUUAUUAUGGUCGGCCGUCUUUUCCAGAAGAACCCUGGUGUCGUUUUCGCCUUCGCUGACGAGCUCGGAGUUGAGGUCAACAUGCCUAACCAGAUCAGAUGGGGAUGGUCGAAGAGAGGUGCUUCGCAAAUGAAGACUUUGUUGGAAGCCAACCUGUAAGAUGAGGCUAAGUUAAAUGCCGACAUAGAGAUAUAGAGACUACAAUUAGAU